AUGAUCCCCAAUCACAUUUUAAUCAUUGGUAGUCCAAAUAGUGGUAAAUUAAGAACCACAAAUAUAAUAACUAAAAAUAAACAAAUAGAUAUAAAUAAUGAUUCUCAUAGUGGAAUAAUAGUCAAAACAGAUAUAACCACCAAAUAUUAUUCACUUAAAUUGAAUAUUUUAAUUGAUGAAUUUCCAGAAUGUCGAAAUUUUAACUUAACUGAAGAUCAAAAAUUAAUAGAAUUAAAUAAAUGGAUCGAUGAAUUUCAAUUAGACGAAUUUGCAGAAUUACGAGAAGUAUUAGAUGGUCUAUUUUUCACUGUCGAUAUGAAAGAUUCAAUAAAUUACAUAACGCGAAUUUUGUCAAAUGUGGAAAGGUUACGAAAUAUAUUAUCUGAUAAGUUAGAAUGGGGAGGAUUUAUAGCUAUUGUUGGAACUUCCAAGACAGAAGAAGCAGAUGAGGAUAUAGUUGGAGAGAUAGAAGAUGUUGUAAUUAGUUACGGUUUUGAAUUUAUUAAUUUGAAUCUUGAAGGUAAGAAUGAAUAUAAGGAGACAGUUGGAAAAGAUCGUAUUAUUGAAUUAAUUGAAUCUCAUGAGUGGUCUAACAUGGAUCUAAUAGAAACGAGUGAGGAGAAAUAUACUCAAAAUAAACAAGAGAAAUUAAAUACCAUGACUGAUCCAUUAAUAAAAGAAAAAUCAAUGGAAUUAGAUGAAAUAUUUUCAAAAUUGGCGAUUGCUAGAGAUAAUAUAAAUAAUAUACCGAGUGAUAAAAGAGAUGAUUUUGCAAAUAAGAUAAUUAAUGAAAUUAUUGAUUAUAUAUAA